AAGCGAUUCAACCGGUCUAUUCGACAGCAGUAUUAAUAUAAUAAUAAUUAUUAGCACAUUGAAUUAUUUAUUUACCCUCUAAUAUGUAAACAAUUGUGUUAGUUUAGUGGCUAGUAUUGAAUGUGCAAAUGACUGCCACGUUAAUUUACCUAAACGCUGUGUGUUGUUGUGAACAUGGCGGCUGGGUGCAGCCUUUCCUCUCUCUUAUCAGUUCAGACUCAGCUGGAUCACUCCCUGCAGGACGCUGUCUCCACCGAACAAAAAGAGAAACUCGUACACGAGUACCUGAAAAAGCUUGACGGCAGGGGACAGGACUUGAAGGUACCUGAAUUUGAAGACGGAUUAGAAUGGUUGAACACCAAGAGCCCGCUGUCGCUGUCAAAACACCUUUCCGGCAAAGUGGUUGUGUUGGAUUUUUUCACCUAUUGCUGCAUCAAUUGUAUGCAUCUGCUUCCUGACCUUCAUGAACUGGAACAUGAGCAUUCUGAUAAAGAUGGACUGGUUGUUGUUGGUGUUCAUUCUGCUAAAUUCCCGAAUGAGAAGGUCUUGGAGAACAUUAAAAGCGCCGUCCUUCGUUACAACAUUACUCACCCAGUGGUCAAUGAUGCUGAUGCUAAGCUUUGGCAGGAGCUUGAAGUGUCCUGCUGGCCAACACUGGUCAUCUUGGGACCACGAGGGAACAUGCUCUUCUCUCUGGUUGGAGAGGGGAACAAAGAGAAGUUAUUUUUAUUUACUGCAGCUGCCUUAAAGUUCUACACAGGGAAAGGUGAAGUGAAAAAUAACAGCAUAGGAAUCAAGCUGUACAGGGAUGCUCUCCCUCCCUCCAUACUGUCAUUUCCCAGUAAAGUAACAACUGACAGCUCUGGAAAUAGACUGGUCAUCGCAGACACUGGGCAUCACAGGAUUCUGCUUGUCAGAAAAAAUGGACAACUGCUUCACUCUAUUGGAGGACCUAAAAGUGGAUGGAAAGAUGGAAGCUUUGCUGAGUCAGCUUUCCACUCCCCUCAAGGAGUUGCAAUGAAGAACGACACCAUCUAUGUUGCGGAUACAGAGAACCACCUGAUACGAAAGAUUGAUCUGUUGGAGGAAAAGGUCAGCACUAUAGCUGGCAUUGGAAGCCAAGGCACAGACAAAGAAGGUGGAGCAACGGGGCUGAAGCAGCAAAUCAGCUCUCCAUGGGACCUCGCUCUGGGCACUGCAGGCAGUAAUGAGGACAAUGUUCUGUGGAUUGCAAUGGCUGGUACUCAUCAGAUCUGGGCUCUGUUCCUUGAGGAUGGAAGCCUUCCAAAAGGAUGUGUGGUAAAGAAAGGGACCUGCAUUCGGUUUGCAGGCAGUGGGAAUGAAGAAAAUCGAAACAAUUCCUACCCUCAUAAAGCAGGCUUUGCUCAGCCCUCCGGCCUGUCUGUAGCCCAAGAAGAGCCCUGGAGCUGUGUCUUCAUCGCGGACACUGAGAGCAGCACUGUACGGACAAUGUCUCUGAAGGAGGGAGCAGUGAAGCAUCUUGUAGGGGGAGAGAGAGAUCCACUGAAUUUGUUUGCAUUUGGCGAUGUGGAUGGAGCAGGGAUAAAUGCAAAGCUACAGCACCCACUGGGUGUAGCUUGGAACAAGCAGAAAGGUUUGCUUUAUGUAGCAGACUCCUACAACCACAAGAUUAAAGUUGUAGAACCUAAAACAAAACAGUGUGCCACGAUAGCAGGCACUGGAGAAGCCAGCAAUGCACUGGGGCCUGCCUUCACUCGGGCUGCCUUCAAUGAGCCGGGUGGGCUUGCUGUUGGAGAGAAUGGGAGGGUGCUGUACGUAGCAGACAGCAACAACCAUCACAUUAAAGUUCUGGAUUUAGAGACCCAAACAGUGUCUGUGCUUCCUGUUACCAUUGAAGAUGCAUUCGUUGAAUUAGACAGUUCAUUUCCAGCUCAAAGAAAGCUGCCCAAGCUGCCUAAGUCCUCUCCCCAGGUUCCGAUGUCUCCUUUAACAGUGUCCUCAGGGCAGAUUCUUCAGCUUGAGCUUGCCGUGACACUCCCAGGAGGGACACAACUGACGGAAGGGGCACCAAGUUACUGGGCUCUCGCAGCAGAAGGCAGUGAAUGGUUUCUUCAAGGACAGUGUGUGUACGGUGACAUUGUGGACCUUUCGAGGCCGCUAGUAAUAUCUGUAACUGUCCCAGCAAGCGCACAAACACCAGACGCUGUGCUUUCUGUCGAUGUGUGCCUCUAUUUCUGCAGCAAGGACGACAGUGCUUGCAUGAUGAAGGCGGUCUCCUUCAUGCAGCCUAUGCAAAUAGCUAAAACUAACCAAGUUAGUACUGCCAAGGUGCUGCUCAAACAUCACUUUUAAUACUGUUUCUGCUCUGGACAGGGUCUUUGAGGUGCUUUAUACCAUUUUUAACCAAGGUGCUAGUCAGUUGCAUGACAGCCAAAAGUACAAGGUCAUGAUGGUCCACACAGCACAGACUGCUCAAAGCCAUUAGUCUUAAUUAUGGGGCUGUGUUUUGCAUUACAGUUUUCACUGCUGCUGUUUGUCAUUUGUCAUCCCUUUCUGGUUUCAUUAAAACCACUGUCAUUUUCAUGCUCAUCAUGGUGAGGGAGAGAAUGUUUAAAACACGCUGGCUUUAGAAUUUCAGUGUGUUGUUUAUUUCUUUUAUUUAAAAGCAGCAGCAGAACCAAAACACAGACGAGAGAUCGGGACACUACGGGCAUCAUUCACAAAUUUAUACUCCUGAAUUAAAUUAGAUAUUUCAUAAUAAAAUUAAGUUUGAUAUGCAAUUAACUUUGAUAGUGUUGUUAAAUAAGCCAAACAUGGUUUCAUUAAUAUGACCAUAAAAACACUGGCAAUAAAUAGCCUUUAAAUAGCUGUAAAAGCUUUGUGAAAGCCCCUGUAGCUCUGCACUCAUGCAUAAGAGUGUGUCGUCUAAAGGGGAUGCAGAAUAGAUGAGCUGCUUGCUAUUAUUACUUUGAAAUUAUUCAUAUAUAACAAGUUAAAUUAUAUAUAUAUAUAUAUAUAUAUAUAUAUAUAUAUAUAUAUAUAUAUAUAUAUAUAUAUAUAUAUAUAUAAUAUAUUGUUUUGGUUUUUUUUUUUAAGUUUCAUGACCCUGUCCAGAUUUAAAAAAAAAAAAAAAAAAAAGUGCCUAUACCAGCAAUUUUAUUCAUUUACAUGACAGCUUCCAGUGUCAUUUUCUUUUAAAGUAUUAGCUUAAAAAAAAUAACUGCAUAUACCAAAAUGUAAGGAUUGGAAUUGUUUAUUAAAUGUACUGAAGAUGAUGGUGUAAAAGGCUAAUAGAAUUGCUAUUGCAUGCAUUGAAGCUGCACAUUAGAUGUGUGAGAUUUGACCAUGAUGUUAAGAAUGAGCACAAAGCUGUUUCUGAAAGCCAGAGUUUGACUGUUAAUCCUACACAUGCAGAUUUCUAAUUUUUUUUUAUAAGUAUUUAUGCAGUUAAUAAAGCAUUAUUCUUGUAAGCCAUUUCACAAAAAAAAAACACAACAUUUUAGUUGUGAAAAGUCAAGAACCACAGUGAAAGACUACAGGCUGUAUUUUCAAAGUGUUUACUCUAGUCUUUAAAGAGGUAAAACACCUGAUCAAUUUUCAAAUCUACAAUCCAACAAGUUUGUUCUAUAUUUCACAUCCUCUUAAGCACUCUCAAUGUGUUUUGUUUUUCAUUUUGUAAUAUUAACAUGAUCCCUCCCCCUUAAAGAAACUGAGAGUUAAUGAAUUAAAGAAUGUAGGAAACACUUUGAAAAUAUGGCCCAACAUGCAGUGAAAUGGCAUGAAUUACCGCAUGUCAUAAUGAUUGUAAUUGACAUUGGGCAUUCUGUUUACAUGCUGUAGGGGAACACAUUGCUCUAACUCUAUAUAGCAUGGACAUAAAUCAUCUGGCUUACAAUGUGCGCACUACCAACUAGCAUUGUUUUAAUGAUAGCUAAAAAAAAAAAAAUCACAAUUACUGUAUUCACCAUAAUGUAGUUAAGCAGAUGGGAACGUUAUGUAU